GCAACCAACAACAGAGCCAUCCAAAGGCUCACAUUCACUUAGCAACUCCAGCCAGUAGGACUCAUAUAUUAUCCUACUCACCUGGCCUCCCUCCUCUUAUUUCACUUCAACUUUCCAACUUUCCCAUCAUUUUCCUCUGCUAGAUUCUGUUAUCAAUAAACCUAAAAUGGCCUCCUUUACAAUGGUCUUUGCUCCCAUGGUAACCACCAGAGUAAACACCCGAGUGUACGCCGCAACCGCAGCCAAGGGCGCAGGAGGAAGCAAAGAAGAGAAGGGUUUUAUUGGUUGGCUAGGUGGAGUUAUUGCAAAGGAGGACCAGCUGCUAGAGGUUGAUCCCAUACUCAAGAAGGUUGAGGGUAAGAGUGAUGGAACCACCAGCGGCCGCAAGAACACGGUGGUGGAGCCGCCGAAGAAGAAGGGUGGGUUUAACCUUGGAGGCCUUUUCGCAAAAGAAUGAUUGGUUUUCAUUCUCAGCUGGGAAUUUCAGGCAGUAUUCUCUGUAUCUAUACUUGCUUUAUCUACUCAUUGAGCAUUUUGGAACAUUAAGCUGUUUCCUUCUUCAUAUUUCCACAUGUAAGGAAUUUAAUUUUAAUUCAUUUUGAUGAUUAGAUACAUGGUAAUUAAUAUGAUAUGUUCCAAGAUAAUUUGAUGCCA